CACGCACGAUUCACUCUUAUUCACUUCGAGUCCGAGCAUCAACCGAGAACCAUUCGUGAUUUGUGUUUCCUUUUAUUAAAUUCAUUCAAAAGGAUAUUCUUUAUUCCAAUCUUUAUAUUUUUAUUUUCAAUUUUUCUUAUAUAUCAGAUAUAUUAAUCAUGAAGUGUUACGUUUUGUUCUUAUUCAAUUUAAUCUUGUUCCCUACGAUCUUCGAUUUUGGCCAAUCGAUGGAUUUACCUGAUUUCAUUCACGUAUGCAAACGUAACGAUCCCAAUAUCGUUUCUUGCGUCACUGAAAGUGUCGAAUCUUUAAAGCCAUAUCUUCAAAAAGGUGUACCAGAGUACAACAUUCCGUCAUUGGAACCACUUUUAUUGAAAAACUUAAUUUCUACCGAGAAAGCUGGUCUCAGGAUAAAUGCUAAGGAUGUAGAAGCCUAUGGUGCCAGUGAUUUCACCAUAACCGAUUUGAAGACAGACUUCGACAAUUUGCAAUUCGCAUUGGAGAUCAAAUUACCGCACUUACACAUCAAAGGAAAUUACGAUAUCAAUGGGAGAGUAUUACUUUUACCAAUUCAAGGAUCCGGACCAAUGACUGGAAAUUUCACCCAAUGCACCGGAUCGGUCAAAAUACGUGGUGGAACGAAAGAAUUACCUAACGGGGAGCAUGAAGUUUUCAUCAAUGAUUUUACAAUGAAAAUAACAGUUGGCAAGGGUACAAUAAAUUUCGAAAAUCUUUUUGGCGGUGAAAAGGUUCUCGGUGAUGUAAUCAAUAACGCAAUAAACAGCAAUUUCGAUGCUUUCCUAUCGGAAAUGCAACCGUUCGUCGAGAAAGCAUUGUCCGAUGCAUUCCGCGAAAUAGCUAAUGGUAUUGUCAGUAAUUUCACUUACGAACAACUUUUCCCUACAAAUUAAUAAUUCAACCAAGUAGAACACAAAAGAAUGAAAGAAAAUACGUACAUUCGAAGUUAGACUAAAGGAAUGAAAUAAAAGAUAAAAAAUAAUAAAAAAAAAAAAAAAAG